AUGUUGUACUUGCUUCCGCAAUGCGCAGCAACUCUUAGGAGUCGGAGGCCAUUGCCUCACUUUUCCGACAAAGCCUUCACAUCGAGGCAACUUCUGAAGAACUCUAUCGAGUCUGUCACGCAGAGGAUGUACUCUGAAACGAACAUUCCCAAUCCUCGUACCCGACAUGCGUAUCGCUGGGGCAUGCAAUUGGUCACAGUCGCGUUGUCCGUGGCUAUGGGUUAUGCACUCGUUCAGGAUGACCUAGGUAAUAUCGCCAUCAACCGAAACCAUUUCAAAUAUGCCUCCCCCAAAGAGUUACGGAGGGCCAUUUCAGAACUUCAUGAAGAGUUUCCUGGAGACGUGACUACAGAUCCGGACGUGCUCAAGCGCUAUGGUUUCUCUGCAAACUCGUAUCUUCCGGCAUCCCCACAUGCCGUCAUUGUAUGUGUACACAGCACAGAAGAUGUUGUGAAGGUCAUCAACAUUGCGAGGAGAUAUCGCGUCCCUGUUGUGCCAUACAGCGGAGCCACAAGCAUAGAGGGCCACUUCUCUGGCAUGCCAGAUGUUCAUGAUAUAGGACGAUGGAGAUCUGGUUUAUCAAGCAGGUACGCAAUGGGAGGCUAUCAACCAAACCCUCAAAAACAGGGGUAUCCCAUUGUUCUUCCCACUGGAUCCAGGACCUGGUGCUACGAUCGGCGGAAUGAUUGGCACGGGUUGUUCAGGGACGAAUGCAGUCCGUUAUGGUACCGCGAAAGCGGAGUGAUUCCUGAACGUGACUGUCUCAUUCAUUGGAGCGGAAGGGAUGCUGGGUAUUGUCACCUUCGCGACUAUAUGACUGGCGCCUGUACCGACCACCAAAGUAGCGAUGGCCAAUUCCCGGAUGUUCAAAGGGCCGUUAAUGCAGUACAAGAGAUUUUGAACAGUCAUAACGGUUCUCAUAUACAAUGCGUCGAACUACUCGAUGACCAAAUGAUUGCUCAUAUCAAUGCUGCUGGUUUUGUCUCACGCAAAUAUCCCGUUCUCGACACACUUUUCCUGAAACUGCAAAGAACGGAAGCAACAAUAGGGGAGACUGCCGAAUCGAUUCAAGAAACUACUGAUGUUUGUGUCCCUGUUUCUCGACUUCCUCAGUUGGUGUAUGAGACGAAAAAGGACCUGACUGAGGCGAAGAUUCAAUCGACUAUCGUAGGGCAUGUCGGCAAUGGAAAUUUCCAUUCGUCACUGAUCUUUCACAAGGAUGAUGAACUGCCUGCUAUUGCCGCAGCUGUUCACCGUCUAGUGGAACGUACCAUCGCACUUGACGGUACCUGUACCGGCGAACAUGGCAUCGGUAUAGGGAAGAACGAAUACCUCAUUGACGAGCUAGGUCGAAAUACCGUCGAGUUCAUGCGUACCAUCAAGGCGGCUGUUGAUUCUCAGAACAUACUUAAUCCCGGAAAGCUUUACCCGGAAUUUGAUCAAUCUGAACAGUAG